CGUCAUGAACAUGGCCAGCGCAAACCUGCAGCGGCUUUGAUUCCCAACGAACCACGUUGGGUUCGAUAUGUCUGACCUGGAAGGGGGCUCUUCCGACUAUCAUGAUGAUGAUCUCGGGGAUUUCGUUGUUGACGAUGACUCUGAUGCCGCAGCCACGCCGACCGAACGGAGUUCUCCCAGGCCGGCCAAGCGCCGUCGCCUGAAAGCCAACAAGCAGAACCUAUCACUGCGAAAGAAUCAACAUGACCGACGUGACACGCGAGAGACCUCACAUUAUUCUAGCGAAGGCGAGGACAAGGAGCUACACUCUCCAGAGCGAUCAUCACAUUACUUCCGUGAUUCCGAGGAGCCGGAGGCGUAUUCCAAGUAUAAACUGUUCGUGCCCAAGAACAGAAAUGUUCAGGAGAACAUCUUCGUCACCCAACUCACGCAACCUCAAUCGCCUCCAGAGAUGAUCCGAGGCCCGCGAUGGAAGAAGCCGGACCCAGAGUUACCUCCCCCGAUGAACGUUCCGGCAACACACGCAGUGAGCGGAAGAGGCGAGUGUGAUGGGACAAAUGAUGAAUUUGACGACGAUGACGCCCUAAAGGCGGCCAUUGAGGCUUCGUUGCAAUCUUUCGAAGAAGAAAGCUCCAAAGAGUCUCACAAGACAGCUUCUGAUCACUUGAGGCCUCCACCGUUGGAUUGCUUUUCGAGUGAACAGACAGGCGAAGCCAUGGAUAUUCCCGCAGAAUUUCUAGACGAUAUACCGGACGAUGCCUUUGACUCCGAUCUAUCCUUGUCUCCUCCUCCCCCAACUCAUGGUCGACCGGUAUCAGGCGCUUUUACGCAGAGCGCAAAUCGUCCAUUGGUCCGGAGUCCAGCAAACCAGCCCCCGCGUGGCGAGCAGGUCAUGUCACCACCCGAGAAGGAAGCUUUGGAUACAUGGUUCAACAUCGCCCAGAAAGGAUUAUUCCAUAAUCUGCUCGUUGCGCUGCCCACUGGUCUAGGUAAAACGUUCAUUGCAGCCACCAUCAUGUUGAAUUGGCUACGAUGGACCAAAGACGCCCAGAUCGUAUUUGUCGCGCCUACAAAACCGCUAGUCGCUCAACAGAUAGACGCAUGCUUUCAAAUCGCCGGAGUUCCACGAUCCCAGACCACAAUGCUCACCGGCGAAGCUGCCCCUGGCAUCAGAGCUCAGGAAUGGAAGGCGAAACGCGUUUUCUUCAUGACCCCUCAGACCUUAGUCAACGAUCUCAAGACCGGGAUUGCAGAUCCUAAGCGUGUCGUUUUGCUUGUUGUAGACGAGGCGCAUCGCGCCACAGGAGGGUAUGCCUACGUGGAAGUUGUGAAAUUUCUUCGACGCUACAAUCAAAGUUUCCGUGUCCUCGCUUUAACUGCAACGCCUGGCUCUACAGUGGAAGCUGUCCAGGCAGUGAUUGAUGGGCUGGAUAUCUCCCGAGUUGAGAUCCGCACAGAACAAUCCCUCGACAUCCGGGAAUAUGUUCAUGCAAAGGAUAUAGAAGUGCAAACAUUCCAGAGUUCCGAGGAAAUGGUUCUGUGCAUGGAUCUAUUGACGAAGACACUCCAACCUUUAGUUGACCAGCUUCGGAGUCUCAAUGCUUACUGGGGCCGUGAUCCUAUGGGACUUACUGCAUUCGGAUUGACAAAGGCCAGACAGCAGUGGAUGAUGUCGGACGUUGGUCGGAAUGCACAUUUCGGGUUGAAGGGCAAAGUAAAUGCGAUCUUCACCGUUCUUGCCAGCCUUGCCCAUGGGAUUGACCUCUUAAAAUAUCACGGAAUCACUCCGUUUUACCGCCACCUUGCGCAUUUUCAGUCCAAUACUGAUGGGCAGAAGGGUGGCAAGUAUCAACGACAAGUUGUUCAGGAUGAGAGCUUCAAGAAACUUAUGAACCAUUUGCAACCGUGGACUAAGAACCCAGAAUUCAUUGGCCAUCCCAAGCUGGAAUACUUGAAGCAGGUUGUCUUGAACCAUUUCAUGGACGCGGGUGAAGGUGCGGGUACAGGCGAGGACCAGGCGAAACCAGCAACUAGAGUGAUGAUCUUCGUGCAUUUCCGAGACAGCGCCGAAGAGGUAACGCGAGUCCUCAAAAGGUACGAGCCGAUGAUCCGGCCCCAUGUUUUUGUUGGACAGAGUAGCGCCAAGGGCUCAGAAGGAAUGAAUCAGAAAACUCAACUCGACAUUGUGCAGAAGUUCAAGAACGGCACUUAUAACACAAUCAUUGCAACUUCGAUUGGUGAGGAAGGGUUGGAUAUCGGCGAGGUCGACCUGAUCGUCUGUUACGACUCGUCCGCGUCACCAAUUCGCAUGCUUCAACGCAUGGGACGUACCGGUCGAAAGCGAGCGGGUAACAUUGUGUUGCUUCUGAUGCAAGGCAAGGAGGAAGAGUCCUAUAUUAAGGCAAAGGACAACUACGAGAAGAUGCAGCAGAUGAUUGCUAGCGGCACCCGAUUUACUUUCCAUGAAGACCAGUCCCCUCGUAUCCUUCCCUCGGGGAUCCGGCCUGUAGCUGAUAAACGGGCGAUUGAAAUACCCGAGGAGAAUACUGUGCGAGAGCUGCCUGAGCCCAAGAGAAAAGGUCGACCUCCAAAGAGGCCACCCAAAAAAUUCCACAUGCCGGAUAAUGUGGAAACAGGCUUCACGAAGGCGUCCAGCUUGGCUGAAGGCGGCAAGCGUAGGGAAGCAAAGAAAAGUAAGGCUCGCACGCCUACUCCAGAGCCCGUUGAUCUCCCCGCGCUCGAAGAUGUCCUGCUUACUCCAGCGCAGCAAAACGAGCUUGAUGUUCAUUACAGCAAGGCAGGACAAUCCGAUGCACCGUCAAUCUGCAAUCCUCGAACUGACGCUUUCCCGCGCCUUCAGCUCGCUCCUCGGCCUACUAAAGCAGUACAACACGGGUCUCUGACUCGCCGCAUGAUCGGGACUCUGCAGAAAAUGGAUCGAGUCUCCGCGGACUGCGAGCAGCAAUACAGGCGUGUCCUAGCGCUGACUCCCCUCUCUGUCCGCAUCGGCGAAGGUCAACCCCUCGCCGUGCAACCCCGCUUGCAGCAUCCCGCUGACCACCAGCAUCGUGCUGCUUUUAGGGACCUCCUCCGGCGCCUCAACCCCCGCGACACCAAGCAGAACUUACAGGCAAUCACCACCAUUGUCCCUGACCUGACCGAAGAUCUCUUGUCGUCCGUUGAUCAGCCCCUGGAGAUCCGCCGCUGCCCCAAGACAAACCGGGAUUACUUGCUCUGCGACUACAACCGGGAUGGCGACAGCUACCGGUCACCCUGGAGCAACGAAUUCGACCCCCCUCUCGAUGACGGAACAGUGCCCAGUGAGCGGGUGAGAAAGCUCGAGGUUGCUGCCAACGAGGCCUUCGAUGUCUAUCGGGAGCUAUACUACGAGGGCGGCGUGGGGAGUGUGUACUUCUGGGAUUUGGACGAUGGGUUUGCGGGCGUGAUUCUGCUCAAGAAAGGUGCGUUGGCUUCUAUCUCCGAACUGAAAGAUCGGAGGGCUCGUGGAGCUUGGUUGCAGGAAGUGGGCGUUUAA